GGUACAUCUUAUGCCAAAUGUUCUUUACUACAAGUUUUAUUUUAAAAAAGUCAGUGAUAGCUGUUACUCCACAACCAGUGCCUUUGUUUGUCUGAAAUGGGCAGAUUUCUGUCAACUCAAUGGACCCAGCAAUGGGUCUCCUGGAGUCACAAAAAUGGGUGAUAGAGGGAAAGGAGGUCACAGAUGAUCUUUUCCUACUUGGGGCCACGUGGAUAGAAGAACAGGAGCCUCCUGAGGGGUUGUGAUGUUUGAGAACUCAUCUUGGGGGAAGAGGGAAGUACCAGAGAGAAUCUUGGCCAAAGAGGUAUUUAUUCAUACCUUGUCUUUUUUCUAGAGUUAGAAUACAAAAAGUAUAUUCUACCAGAUAAAAAUUAUUACGGGGCCCACAAAAAGGCAGAGGGAAGAAUUGAGGGGUGUGAAGGAGGCCAGAAUUACUGUUCCAGACACACAGCGCUCCUCUUCUGGUCUGGCCUCAUCCCAGGGGAGAUUAUUUGGACUGCGUGUGCAGGGCAGGCUGGUGGUCUCUCAGGCAAAGCUCCAGAACUGCGAUUUCUCCCCAGGAGCUUCUGGUGGACAUGGAGGGGCAGCCGAUGUGAGGCUGUUCUCCCUGGUGUGUUUCUGGAGUUCCACCAGUGAACGCCGAGCCCUCCGGUGAGAGCCUAGGAUCCUGGAAGACCAUGGUCUAAACACACAGUCAUUCCAUCCGCACACUGAGGGCUUCCCCAGGCUGGAGCCAGAAUCUCCUCAAAAGAUAUUUUGGGUCUACUCCGCCAAGCCCAGUGAAGCCCCUCAUCAGAAAACCCAGCUGCACAAAGUUUAGUCUGAUGACUCAGGUUCAGAGCUAAAGCUCAUGAGAAAGGAAGGGGUUCACCUAAGAGCUCUCAAGGGAGCUCUGAGCUUUGCCACCAAUUUCUUUCAUGUGUUCCCAUCAAAUUGGUUCUUUGCGGGAGGAUGAGGCCUCUGCCUGGUUUCUGAAGGGAGGAGGUGAGUGUCUGCCAUGGCACUCUGGGCCAGAGGGGACUGGCUUGCCGGGGCAAUGCACCCCGAGGGGAAGGAGGGAGGGGAACUCUGGUUCCAGGCCAGGUAACAGCAUUUCUCACACCUGUGACAAGACAGGUACAGGAUCUCAGGAUCACAGGCUGUCAGGGCAGAAUCAGACACCCCACACCACUUGGUCCCACCCCCACCCUCAGCAAGCCACGGGCCCAGAGACGUUAAGUAACCUGCCUAAGGUUACAGAGCAAGUAGGAGCAAACGCAGAACGACAACUCAGGGACUGAAACCCAGAAGCCUGAGUUCUUCCAUCUCCCCAAGUACCUGGCGUGGGCUGCGCAUACAGUAGACGCCUAAUUAGUAAGCGCGGUUUCCUCUUCCCUGUUCCAAUGUUAGGGCACCUGGUGCUCCUUGGGCUUUCUCUGCCUUCUUCGAUUCCGUCCCUCCCGCUGGGGCUCUAGAGAGGCUCGCAGCAUGAUCCUGUGUCUCCUGUCAGUGAGGAGGGGCCUUCUCCAUCUCCCGGCCCUCCUGGCUUCGCUGAUCCUGCUCCAGGCUGCAGUAGCUGCCACGAGAGCACAGACCACCAGACCUGCUGCCAUCUCAGAUGCUGUGAGUCAGGCCAAGGUCCAAGUCAACAAGGCCUUCCUGGAUUCCCGAACUAGGCUGAAGGCCACCAUGAGCUCUGAGACGCCCACCAGCCGGCAGCUGUCAGAGUACCUCAAGCACGCCAAAGGCCGGACGCGCACAGCCAUCCGCAACGGGCAGGUGUGGGAGGAGUCCCUAAAGAAACUGAGGCAGAAGGCGCCAUUGACCAACGUCACAGGCUCCAGCCUGGACCUGACCUCGCUGUCUUGGGAGGUGGGCUGCGAUGCCCCUGCCGCGGCGGUGCAAUGCGACACGAGCAGCCCUUACCGCACCAUUUCGGGAGACUGUAAUAACAGGAGGAGGCCCGCGCUGGGCGCCGCCAACAGGGCCCUGGCGCGCUGGCUGCCCGCGGAGUACGAGGACGGGCUCUCCCUGCCCUUCGGGUGGACGCCGGGCAAGACGCGGAACGGCUUCCCUCUGCCGCUGGCCCGGGAGGUAUCCAACAAGAUUGCCGGCUACCUGAAUGAGAAGGAUGUCUUGGACAAGAAUAGGUCCCUGCUCUUCAUGCAGUGGGGGCAAAUUGUGGACCACGACCUGGACUUUGCCCCCGACACCGAGCUGGGGAGUAGCGACUACUCCAAAGCCCAGUGUGAGGAGUACUGUAUCCAGGGAGGCAACUGUUUCCCCAUCAUGUUCCCACGCAAUGACCCCAAGGUGAGGACUCAAGGGACGUGCAUGCCUUUCUUCCGAGCCGGGUUCGUCUGUCCCACUCCACCUUACCAAUCCUUGGCCAGAGAACAGAUCAACGCUCUGACCUCCUUCCUGGAUGCCGGCUUUGUGUACGGCUCCGAGCCGAGCCUGGCCAGCCGCCUCCGCAACCUCAGCAGCCCCCUGGGCCUCAUGGCCGUCAACCAGGAGGUCUCGGACCAUGGGUUACCCUACCUGCCCUUUGCCAACAAGAAACCAAGCCCCUGCGAGUUCAUCAACACCACGGCCCGGGUGCCCUGCUUCCUGGCAGGAGAUUCCCGAGCCUCAGAGCACUCCCUGCUGGCCAUUUCCCACAUCCUCUUUCUCCGCGAGCACAACCGGCUGGCCAGAGAACUGAAGAGACUCAACCCUCAGUGGGAUGGGGAGAAGCUCUACCAGGAAGCCCGGAAGAUCCUGGGAGCCUUCGUGCAGAUUAUUACCUUUAGAGACUACCUACCCAUUGUGCUAGGUGACCAUAUGCAUAAAUGGAUCCCCCCAUACCAAUGCUACAAUGAAUCUGUGGAUCCCCGAAUUUCCAAUGUUUUCACCUUUGCCUUCCGCUUUGGCCACUUGGAAGUCCCCUCUACUAUGUCCCGUCUGGAUGAGAAUUAUCGGCCAUGGGGUCCAGAACCAGAACUUGCCCUGCACACCCUCUUCUUCAACACCUGGAGGAUAGUCAAAGAUGGUGGCAUUGAUCCUCUGGUGCGGGGCAUGCUGGCCAACAAGGCCAAGUUGAUGAAACAGAAUAAAAUGAUGACGGGAGAGCUGCGCAAUAAGCUUUUCCAGCCAACGCACAGGAUCCACGGCUUUGACCUGGCUGCCAUCAACAUACAGCGUGGCCGGGACCACGGGCAGCCUGGGUACAACUCCUGGAGAGGCUUUUGUGACCUCUCACGGCCGCAGACCCUGAAGGAGCUGAACGCUGUGUUGAAGAACAAGGUGCUGGCCAAGAAGUUACUGCGUCUCUACGGCAGCCCUGACAACAUCGACAUCUGGGUCGGGGCCAUCGCUGAGCCCCUGGUGCAAAGGGGUGCGGUGGGGCCCCUCCUGGCCUGCCUCCUGGGCAAGCAGUUCCAGCAGAUCCGUGAUGGAGACAGGUUCUGGUGGGAAAACCCCGGGGUCUUCACGAAGAAGCAGCAGGACUCUCUACAGAAAAUGUCCUUCUCACGCCUUGUCUGUGACAACACCCGUAUCACCAAGGUCCCGCUGAACGCAUUCCGGGCUAACAGCUACCCACGAGGCUUUGUGGAUUGCUCAGCCAUCGACAAGCUGGACCUCUCACCCUGGGCCUCGGCGGAGGAUUAGGGGCCUGGGCUCCAAGGCCUCCACGCUGCACAGUCAAGCUCCCUUUGGUCCACGAUGCCAUUUCACGCAAGUCCAAUGACCUGGUCCUUUAGAGCUCCACACCCAGUCCCAGCCCCUCUUCCAAGCUGGGCCUUUCACACCUGCCAGAUGAACAGCUCAUCCAGGCCCGGGGGAGGCUGCCUUGGCCUCCCCAGCUCUUGCACUCGGCUCCCCCACUUCCACCCACAGCCUCUCUGCCUGUGGAAAUCCUCCUUCCUGUCGGGACCCAGGCCCUCUGAGAUGACCUUCCAGGCUAGCUUGCUGCAUGUCACCUGUCCUCUCCCCUCAACGGGCUUUGCUGAGUCUGUGGCCCGAGUGUGCCCCAUGGCACCUAGCGUGGUGCUCAGCACAUAGUGCUCAAAUACACCUGGUGAUUGACUAAAGAUACUAGCAAUGACACUGUUCCCUCUCAAGUCAGGCCUUGGAAUUACUGCCAAAUAAGCAACUAGAUGUUUGUAACCCACACCUGUCUCGUUGCUAAGAUAUGGCACACGUGGAUCUUGGGGUGGGAGGGCAUAGUGUCGUGGGAUUUCCAAGAGCUCUCGAAGCAAGGGCUCCUGGGGAAGAAGAACUGGCUGUGGAGUAGCAGGAGACGGGCUGCUGGAAGGUGGGGGCAGGGGAA